AUGGCUCGGAGCGUCUCCUGCUUGCUGCUCGGCCUCUUGGCCAGCGCCAGCGCGCUUUCGCUCGGCGCGCGGGCUGCCCCGGCGGCCGCCGCCCGCGGCUGCCCGACGAUGAUGGCGGCCGCUGCCUUCCGCACUGGCGACAUGGUCAAGAUCCUUUCGGGAGACGACAAGGGCGCCGUCAUCUCGCUCGACCGGAAAACGAACAAGGUUGUCGUCGAGGGAGUCAAUGUGCGCACCAAGCACGUCAAGCCGAUGAAGGAGGGCGAGCAGGGCCGGCUGCUCAAGCGCGAGGUUGCCGUGCACCUUUCCAACGUCGCGCCGUCCGAUGAGCCCGCGCCGGCAGAGGCUGCAGCGCCGGCCGCCGAGUAG